CCGGGGCCGAAGACCGACCGACCGACCGACUGAACGACUGACCGAGCCUGUGAGUGUUUCCCCGGCUGACUUUGUCCGCAGAUGAUGGCUCGGUGCUGGGCGGUUUGGACCGGGAUCGUCGCCCUGCUGACGGCCGGGCCUCCGGUUGUCCAGUCCUUCAGCCACCUGAGCUUCAACCUGUGUAAGUGGUGUGAGGUGUCCAGUCCGGUGUGCCGGGACAGUGUCUGCUUCAGUAACUGCACCCUGUCCUCCUUCUGCACCGUCAUCGAGGAGAUCUGCAUCGCCGUGUGGAGGAAGACCAAUGACACAAUGAUGGUGCACACGAUGUGUCACAACCCCGCUCUGCCACUAGAGGGCAUCGACCCCGGCCUGCUGCUGAACUUCACCUCCAGGGAGUGUCACAUGGUCCCGCAGCCCGCAGACGACGGAGCCAUGAUGGUCUGUGGCUGCCAUGGUGAACACGAAUGUAACGACAAACUCAUCUUCGACAAGGGAGCCAAUGGAUUCUCCAAGCUGCACAGUAAAGAUGUCAUCCCGGUGGUGGUGGUCAGUUUGGUGCCUCCUGUCCUGGUGGCCAUAGUUGCCACAGCCGCCUUCUACUUCUAUCGCACUCGGCGCCCUGACAAACCGGGCCCUCCUGCACGCCCUGACUGGCCCACCAAACACAACCCGGAGCUCUACGAGGCUUUUGACCUGCCAUGUGGGGGUCUGGGGGCUCGGGGAGAGGGUGGAGGAGGAGGGGUGACGGGCCCUGAGGCUGAAAAGGAUGAGUCUAAUUCCAAGCAUCCCAAGAAUUACAUCAUAAGUAACAUGACAGAUUGGCAGGGCCAACUGGCUGAACCACUGCCCAUCAAACUGGAAGUCCUGGUGGGGAAGGGGCGCUUUGCAGAAGUGUGGAGGGCGUGCCUGUUGCAGGGAGAGAAGGGCGGAGUCAACAGUUAUGAAACUGUAGCGGUGAAGGUGUUUCCAGCUGUAGAGUAUGCCUCAUGGAGGAACGAGUGCUCCAUCUUCUCUGACCCCAAGAUGGAGCAUGACAAUGUGGUUCGAUUCCUUGCAGCUGAGGAGAGGGGCCUGCCUGGCCACGCCCUCAGGAAGUACUGGCUGGUUUUGGCCUAUCACAGCCUCGGGAACGUGCAGGAUUUCCUCACAGAAAACAUUUUAAGCUGGGAGGAACUUGUUGCCAUGGCGGGCAGUGUUGCUCGGGGGUUAGCUCAUCUCCACAGCGACACGACGCUCAGUGGGAUACCGAAGGUGCCAGUUGCUCAUCGGGACCUAAAGAGCAGUAACAUUGUGGUAAAGAGCAGGAAGGAGUGCGCUCUGUGUGACUUUGGCCUGGCGUUAAGACUGGACCUCUCCCUCACUGUCGAUGACUAUGCCAACAGUGGACAGGUGGGGACAGCUCGCUACAUGGCUCCUGAGGUACUUGAGUCCAGGGUGAACCUGGAGGACCUUGAGGCCUUUAAACAGAUAGAUGUUUACUCCAUGGCUCUGGUCCUCUGGGAGAUGGCCUCCCGCUGCCACGCCAUCGGAGAGGUGAAGAGCUAUGAACCUGCCUUUGGCUCCAAGGUCUGUGAGCAGCCCUGCGUGGACAGUAUGAGAGACCUGGUGCUGAGGGACCGAGGACGGCCGGACAUCCCCUCAGCCUGGACGCAGCACCAGGGGAUGAAUGUCUUCUGCUCCACUAUCACUGAGUGCUGGGAUCACGACCCUGAGGCCAGACUGACGGCUCACUGCGUGGUGGAGCGCUUCAACGCCCUGCAGCAGGAGAACGAGGAGGAGGAGGGAGGGCAGGAGGAGGAAGAACUGAGGCGAGAAGCCGACAGAGAGGAAGACAGAGAGAGAGAAAAGGACUCAGAGACACCAGACAAUGACCAGGUUCCCUCCCUCUCCACGGCUGCUUCCUCACCCUCCUCCUCUUCCUCCUUCCAGAGUCCUCAGCCAGACUCAAAGAGGGGCGGUACAGAGGUAUCCAAUGAUUCCCUGGUUCACACCGGUUCUGUGGUGUGAGCCGCUUCCUCCUGUUGCUGGCUGCGUUCACACCGCCCUCACUGUAACCUCUGUUACUGCAACAGGCCUGAAGCCCCUGAGAGUGGAAGCAGCUGAUAACUGAAGUGUCAUGGCCGAGAAUGAUACUGUAAGACUUUCCCUGAGUAUAUACAACCCUCUGUGUUAGCAUGAGCGCUGGUUUCAUGGAGCGUUCCAUUUUUAGCCAUGCUAACAGUGUGGCUCUGGGGACGGAUGUGAUGGUCGGUGGGACUGAAAUACCUCCACAACUACUUCCAUGAAAUUUCUUACAUUCAUGGUUCCCAGAUGAUGAAUCCUCAUGACUCUGAUGAUCCCCUGGCGUCACCUCGAAAGCCAGCUGCAGAUGGACAUUUUGGUUUUGAGUGAAAUGUCUGAAGGACAAGGACAACAACAUGCAGUGCUGUAGCCGUAAGCUGUAAGAGAGGUCAGAGGUCACAGUUCAUCCUGAGGAGAACAUGAACGUCUGGACCACAUCAUCACUAUCACCCAACAGACGGUGAGAGGUUUCAGUCCGAACAAAGAGGUGGACAGACAGACUGAGAGACAGACAGACAGACUGAGAGACAGGCAGACAGACUGAGAGACAGACAGACAGACAGAGAGAGACUGAGAGACAGACUGAGACACAGAGAGAGACU